UUAGGACUUCAACAGUAUCUAUUCGGGCCACCUUCAAUCUACAUACCUUAUGGUCAAUCGACAUUUUUAUAAAUAUUUCAUUAUGGCACUCGGAGAUGGUUAUCCUAUCGGGUCUAGCUGAAGUGUUGAUUCUGCGGAUUUGGACGGGUUGGAGGAAGUUGCAAUACUGUUAUUAUUUAUACUGAGUGUUAUCACACGUUCUUAUCGCCAUGAGAGCUACUGUAAAACUCUCGAUCCCUGGGGGAUUGAUAAGUUGGACAGGAGCACAUAUAAAACGCAAUGCGUCCAUACGGGCGGCAUUGUGAAAGUGAAAGCCAAAUAUACACCAUGAAGUACCUGCUCAGCAUGACCUUGCUGCUGGCCAUCGGGCUGCAGCAGAUCGACGCCCACGGCAUGAUGCUGUCCCCGCCCAGUAGAUCCUCCCGUUGGCGCUACGAUGGAUCCGCCCCCCAGAACUGGAACGACAACGAGCUCUUCUGCGGCGGAUUGUACACGCAGUCCAACAAUGGAGGUCGCUGUGGACUGUGCGGCGACAACUUCCUGGAUGCCCAGCCCCGCGCCAACGAGAUCGGAGGCAGCAUCGGAGGAGCUGGCGUGGUGACCAGGAGCUACGUGGCAGGCAAUUCCAUCACCGUGAGCGUGAAGAUCACCACCAACCACUUGGGCCAUUUCGAGUUCCACCUGUGCAACCUGGACGCCUUCGGUGGCGAGUCGGAGGAGUGCUUCGAGCAGAACCGCCUGCGAUUCCCCGAUGGAAGCGAUAAAUUGCAGAUCGGCGUACAGAGCGGCGAAUUCGACGUGACAGCGGUGCUGCCAGAGGGUCUUACCUGUUCUCAUUGCGUCCUCCGCUGGACCUAUGUGGGUGCCAACAACUGGGGCAUCUGCGAUAGUUCCGGAAACGGAGCCUUGGGCUGUGGCCCCCAGGAAACCUUUAAGAACUGCGCCGAUGUGAGCGUCUACUGGGGUCGCAACCUGGUCAAGGAAUUGGUCAGUGGUGCAGAGCCAGUGGCUCCCGUCGAGGUCGCCUGA